GCCCGGUUCAUUCGGUUCCAAUUCUUUGCAGCGCAACCACGCUGCAAGUGAAAUUGCUUGCCAACUGACCUGCGAGCGCCGCACUCGCACUCGCAUUCGCAUUCGAUUUCGUUUUGGUUUUUGUUUGUGUUUUUUUUUUUUUUAGUGCUAGCUCAGUGUUUUUCACUUUUUACUUGUUCAGUAUUUUGCUUUUUCACUGCCCAGUGUCUCUGCUCAUUUCCUUUCCCGUCUGGCAGUUGUCAGUUGCUAGUUUCCAGUCACCAGUCGCCAGGCCCCAGUUGCCAGUUCUGUUUUGCUUUCCGAGCGUGCCGCAUGGAAUAAAAGCGAGCCGCGCACCUGCCCCCAGAGUUAGAAAGGAAGAUGCGCUCCAGCGGCUACAACCGUUAUCAAUGCUACGCCCUCGCGAUCUGCGUCUGCUUCGCGGUGGGGGCUGCGCUGACGCGGGCGGAUGACACCGACACCGACCACGACGCAGACGCCAGCAGCAGCGCCAGCAGGAAGUGGCUGUGUAGCCAGACCGACAUAUGCUCGCCGGAAACGGAGCUGACGCCCGGACUUCAGUACGCCGUGGAGCGGUUCGAGAGCCAGCGCGACUGCAGGCUGUCCUGCGGCAAGUACGGCUCCAUCUGGCCCAUGCCCACCGGGGAAGCCGGCUUCAUCGGGCACGAGCGCGUGCGCUUUGACCCGUGGAAAGUGCGCUUCCAUGUGGUGGCUCCCGGAGAGGCGGCCACCCAGUUCCUGCGCGAGACGAACCGCUUGUUCGUGUCCAAUCUGCUGAAGGAGUGCACGCGCAACUGCACCCUGGAGACCAGCAAGCAGAUCCUGGUGCGGUCCACCGUCGCCAACGAGACGCUCGUCCUGGACUGGGCCACCGACGAGAGCUACGCCCUGGUGGUGCGGACCACGGACACGGCCACCUUCGUGGAUAUACAGGCGCCGACAGUCUAUGGGGCCAGGCACGCCUUCGAGACUCUCACCAAUCUUGUCACCGGCAGCCUCUCCAAUGGCCUCCUCAUGGUCUCCGCCGCCCGCGUUUCCGACCGGCCAGCGUUUCCGCACCGUGGCGUGCUCCUGGACACGUCUCGGAACUUUGUGCCCCUCAAGUUUAUCCGGAGCACACUGGACGCCAUGGCAACCAGCAAGAUGAACGUGCUCCACUGGCACGUGGUGGAUACACACAGCUUCCCUCUGGAGAUCACUCGGGUGCCGGAGAUGCAGCGCUACGGGGCAUACUCGUCCUCGCAGACUUACAGCCGGCAGGACGCCCUCAACCUGGUCAAGUAUGCCCGCCUGCGCGGCAUCCGCAUCCUGAUUGAGAUCGACGGGCCCUCCCACGCUGGCAACGGCUGGCAGUGGGGCCCGGCCGCCGGACUGGGCAAUAUGUCCGUGUGCCUAAACCAGGUCCCGUGGCGCAAGUUUUGCGUCCAGCCGCCGUGCGGACAGCUCAACCCACUGAACGACCACAUGUACGCCGUGCUCAAGGAGAUAUUCGAGGACGUAGCCGAGGUGGGCGCGCCCGAGGAGACCCUGCACAUGGGCGGCGACGAGGUCUUCCUACCCUGCUGGAACAACACCGAAGAGAUCCGGGACGGCAUGCGCGCCCGGGGCUUCGACCUCACCGAACAGAGCUUUCUGCGACUAUGGUCCCAGUUUCACCAGCGGAACCUCAACGCCUGGGACGAGAUCACCGAGCGUAUGUUCCCGGGCAUCAAGGAGCCCAAGUCGGUAAUCGUCUGGUCCAGCCACCUGACCGACCCCAAGUACAUUGAGGCCUACCUACCGAAGGAGCGGUUCAUCAUCCAGACCUGGGUGGACUCGCAGGACGCUCUCAACCGAGAAUUGCUCCAGCGGGGUUAUCGCCUGAUCCUGUCCACAAAGAACGCCUGGUACCUGGACCACGGCUUCUGGGGCAGCACCUCCUAUUACAACUGGCGCGCCGUCUACUCUGCUGGCAUGCCCGUGGCUCAGCUCAGGAACCAGGUUCUCGGCGGAGAGGUGUGCAUGUGGAGCGAGUACGUCGAUCAGAACUCCCUGGAAUCCCGAAUCUGGCCGCGAGCCGGAGCUGCCGCCGAGCGUCUGUGGUCCAAUCCGAAAUCCUCGGCACUUGCGGCCCAAAGGCGAUUUUACCGGUACAGGGAACGGCUUCUGGCCCGAGGAAUCCAUGCUGACGCCGUCAUCCCCCACUGGUGUGUUCUGCACGAGGGAAAGUGUCUCUAAGCCACCACUGCCUGAUCUUAUCCCAAAUCCCGGAUCCUCUAAAUCUAUCUUUAGGUACAGCACUGUGUACAUACGUUUCAGUCGAUGUUCUUUAGUACAUCAGCUAUUUUCCACAG